AUGUUCGAUAUGGAUGGCGGAGGAACAAUUGAAAGUCACGAGCUGCGGCAUGUUAUGACUAAGCUUGGCGAACAGCCGAACGACGAAGAGCUUGAAGAUAUUGUCAAGGCUGUUGAUUUGAACGGAGAUGGAGCAAUAGAUUUCGAAGAAUUUAUCUCUAUGAUGCGACUAAGAAUGGACGAGCGUAAUCAAGAUCCAGAAGAGGAUCUUAGAGAGGCCUUCAAUAUGUUUGAUGCCGAUGGUAGUGGGUUCAUUGACCGCAACGAAGUUCGCAUGCUGAUGAAGAAGCUAGCCCAGACUUUGACCGACGAUGAAAUUGAUGCAAUCAUGGAAAUUGUAGACGUUGAUGGUGAUGGAGAAAUCUCCUUUGAGGAGUUCAAAAAUAUGAUGCUAUCUUGA